AUGAGGCACUCAACCGGCCCCGGCCGCGUUAGCGCGGCUUUCGGCAUGCUCUUUGUUCUCGCACUCCUCACCAUCACCCUGCUCUCCGCACCAACAAGUGCGAUGGGAGUAGUGGCAUUCGACUACGGCACAGAAUGGAUGAAGGUGUCCCUCGUCAAACCAGGUUUACCCUUCGACGUGGUAUUGGACCGCGACUCGAAGCGCAAGAUCCAGUCCGCUGUCUCUUUCAAAAAGUGGGGUCUUGACGAAGAGAUCCUGUUCGGUACCAACGCUUACAACCACGCUACACGCGAACCCAAGCAGUCCUUCUACGGCCUCAAGACACUGCUCGGCCGUACAACAAACGAGGAGGACAAGGAAUACGUCAAUCUCUACACUUCAAUCUUUGGCAACAAUGUCAUCAGCUCAGAGCGCGGCACUUGCUCACUGCAAAGACCUUACAAGCCUGAUCCCAAGCUUUCUUCAUUGCCGGUGUUGACAGUGGAGGAGUUGGUCGGUAUGCAGUUGGAGUACGCAAAGAAGCUGGCGGAGGAAACGGCUGGUGAGCGCGUCAACCCUUCGCUGCCCGCAGGAUUCAACAUUGGCUCGUUCGGCGGUCUUGAUGCUGUUGUAACUGUGCCGGCCUUCUUCAACGCACAGGAGCGUCAGGCGAUUGUCGACUCGGCUAUUCUCGCUGGCUUCCGUCCCCGCCUUGUGUCGGACGGCGCAGCGGCGGCUGUCAACUACGCUCAGACUCGAUCUUUCCCUCUGCCUGAGAAGCAUCUCUUCUUUGACGUCGGCUCUGGUUCUGUCCGCGCCACUGUGGUCGAGUUCAGCACCAAGCCCAUCACCAUUGACUCGGUCCUCUCGUUGGGCAAGGCACAGAAGGAAGCCACCAUCGUCGAUGUCAAGGGUGUUGGCUGGGAACGCAACGUUGGUGGACUCAAGCUCGAUCUUAUCUUGCGCGACAAGCUUGCCGUUGACUUCGACGCCAAGUACAGCAGUCAGAUUGGCGGUUCGAUCCACAACAACCACCGAGCUAUGGCCAGGUUGCUUAAAGAGGCGAACCGUGUCAAGCACAUUCUCAGUGCCAACGACAUGGCUUCUAGCAGCGUCGAGAGCCUUGUUGACGAGAUCGACUUCCGAACUAUGAUUCAGCGUCAAGACUUCGAGGAUGCUGUAGCAGCAGCUGGGAUGGUGCCCAAGUUCACUUCGCCCAUCAACCAGGCUUUGUCGAAUGCAGGAUUGAAGUUGAGCGAUAUCAACUCGAUCGUUCUUGUUGGUGGAAGUACUCGUGUGCCUCUCGUUCAGAACGCACUGCGGGAGGCAGGUAUUCCGGACUCGAAGCUCGCCCAGAACGUCAACGCUGAUGAGGCUGCAGUAAUGGGUGCUGCUUUCUACGGUGCCAGCUUCAACCCUCAAUUCCGCAUGAAGGAGAUUCGGGCUUACGACCUCGUCCCUUACGCCGUCAACCUCAAGAAAGCCGACGACAAGACCGAGACCAUCUUCCCCGCCACUUCGUACGAGGUCGAACAGGUGCUGCGUCAGUACGAAAACGUCAAGGAAGACUUUAUAUUUGAGUUGGAGUACGAUGCUGCUUCGCAAAAGGCGCUGGGUGCCAACACGGAUCGGGCUAUCUCGAUGGUCGAGAUCACGGGUAUCGAUGACUUGCUCAAGGACAUCAAGGCGAGUGGACAGCUAGAUCAUAUUGACACACAGGUCAACUUGACAGUGUCUAGCAAGCCAUUGGGAACGUAUGCGGUGGAGAACGUGGUGAUGGUGAUCAAGCCCAAGGCUGGUGGGAUUGCUGGUGCACUCAAGUCGUUCUUUGGUGUUUCGACUCCCAAGAAGGCUGCGAAUGGUACAUCUACGAACAGCACCACCUCAACGACCAACGGUACUGCUGGUGAUGCAGCUGAUGCCGAAUCCGCCGCCGCCGAUGCCGAUGCAAAGGGAGAUGAGACCCUCACCUCCGUCCCAGCCAAGGACAAGAUCGUCAAACUCACCGCUCGCACCAUCCCUCAAAACGACCACGUCCGGCCCCUCUCCGGCGACGAGAUCAAAAAGAGCAAAGACAAGCUUUGGAUCAUGUCCCAAGCCGCCUCUCGUAAAGCUCAACGCGAAGAAGCGCGCAACGCCAUCGAAUCUUACCUCUACCGCGUACGCGAUCUCGUCGACGACCCAACUUUCGCUUCUGUCUCCAAAGACGCCGAACGCAAAGCCAUCUCUGCCAAAACAGAAGAGCUCUCAGCUUGGCUCUCCGACGAUGGGGAAACAGCCGACACUUCCACUCUCAAACUCAAACGUGCUUCGCUCGAAUCUCUCAUCAAGCCUCUCGAAACGCGUUUGGAGCAGAACAGGCUGCGUGACACAGCAUUUGCUGAGUUCGAAGUAGCACUUGAAGAGGCGAAACAGUUUGUUGCCGAGGCGAAGACGAAUCUGACAGCAGCCAUCGAGAAGAACGAGUCGAGCAAGUACAGCGUUACCGAGUUGGAUUCGUUGAGUGCAACGAUCGAGAAGGAUGGGGAGUGGUUCAAGAAGGGUAAGGCUUUGCAGGAGGAGAAAGGGCCCAGUGAUGAUCCGGCAUUGUUGAGCACGGAGGUGGAUGCAAGGAGGAGGAAGGUUGCGGAGACGAUCAAUAAGAUUAAGAAGAGGAGGAUUGCUAAGACUAGGCCUCAGAAGAAACCAAAGAACGAGAAGAAGGAAGAGAAAAAGGAAGAGAAGAAGGAAGAGAAAAAGGAAGAGAAGAAGGAAGAGGAGUCUCCUCGUCAUGAAGAGCUCUGA